AUGGAUUCCAAGCUUGCUUUCCUUGUGAAGCUUCCAGUGUUACCUGGGUCGUCGCUUGCGGGCGCACCGCGUUCGGCACGGUCGCUCGGUCUCUGUUUGACCACUCGAUCAGGAGACGUGGCGUAUGCCGCGGAGAAGCCUGUGCUGCUCGCUGGCCGCAACGGUGGCGUGCAACUGCGAGUACCACUUGGCCUGGGUGCUUGGUCUUUCGGUGAUCGGUUUUACUGGGGCAGCUCUUCCGAGGAAGACAAUACGGAUGCGGUGCGGGAAAGCUUGCGAAACGGGGUCACGCUCAUCGAUACCGCGGAGGUGUACGGUACACCUCCGGGGCGCUCCGAGCAACUUGUGGGACGCAUCGGUCGCCAAGUGACGGAAGAGGUUCUCGCAAAUGCCGGUCCUGACUCGCCGCUCCCCGAAAUAAAUGUUGCCACCAAGUACGCUCCCUUUCCUUGGCGAACUGCCGGCUUAUCGCUGAACCUGCUGGGAUGGCUCAGUCGACCGCAGCGCCGGGAAACGGUGCGUCGAUCUGUGCUGGGAGCACUGCGAGCUUCCAUGCGCCGUCUCGGUCUUGAAAACAUCGACCUGUACCAGCAGCACUGGCCUGCGUUUGUCGGCGAAAACGACGAACCCAUCUGGGACGCCCUCGCCGAGGCCUACCACGAAGGCCUCAUCCGAUGCGUGGGUGUGAGUAACUUCAGCCCCAGUCGCCUUCUGAAAUGCGAUACGUAUCUCCGCCAAGUCCACGAGGUGCCCUUGGCCUCAAAUCAGGUGCAGUGGAGUCUCCUGCACCGAGACCCGGAGACGGUGCGGUGCCUGGGUGCCACCGACGAUCGAACGCUCUGCGAAAUCUGCGCAGAUCGCGGCAUUCAGAUUCUAGCAUAUUCGCCGCUGGCUCAGGGCCUGCUCACCGGUCGAUAUCGGAAAGGACGUCUGCCAUCUGGCGUGAGAAAACGACUCGCUGCGUCCCUUGUGGAACGCGUGGAUGUUCUGCUCAGCGAGAUGGAGCGGAUCGCUGCGAAGCGCCAGGUCUCGCUUGCGGCAGUCGCUUUGAACUAUGUCAUCACUGCAGGCGAGAUGCGUGCCGCUGGGGAGAAACCGACGAUAGCCAUACCUAUUCCGGGAGCGAAAAACGCCUGGCAAGCUCAACAAAAUGCACAGGCGUUGGGCUGGCGCCUUGACUUGGAUGAAAUGACGAAGCUGAGGCGUGCUGCUGAUCAAGUCGAUGCGAAACUGCCCUCGAUUCCGCUCGCUCGGGAGUCGAAUCGACGAGGUUUAUAA